GAGUGUCGCCACAAAACGGUUCCGCCGAGCGUGGAUGCAGGGAUUUUUGGAAGUUUGUACAUGUGUUUCACAGCAAAUUGGUGUGGUUUUUUUUCUGAAUUUCAUCUGACGCCAGUUCGUUGUUCGCCGUUCCCUCACGGCGUGUAGAGUGAUGAACAUCGAAGCGGGUCGUACAACGGCGGCCGAGUAUCUGGUGGACCAGGGUGUGCCAAACAGCAAUGCGGACAAGUCACUGCUCCGGUUUUUCGCAAUCAAUGCCCUCGAGCUCAGCGCACCCGCCAGCCCAGUCCUACUAGAAUGUAACGCACCGGCAGUCCCAUCCGGUUGGUUACAACUUUCCGGCCAUCCGAAGAGCAUUGCGCCGAUGGCCAACGGGAUCGUACGCAAGCGAAUCUCCGGCCCGAACGACACCGAACUGCUAGCCUACCGCCAGCUGAUGGUGGACUCGCACGCCGUCAAGGUGGUACCGAAGUUCCUCGGAGUGCACCAGCUCGCUGCGGACCACUUCAUCGAGCUGCACAAUCUGCUGCACGGCUUCGUCGAACCGAACGUGAUGGACAUCAAGAUGGGUUUCCGCACGUUCACCGAGAGCGAGGUGAGCAACACGGCGCUCCGGGAGGACCUCUACCGGAAGAUGAUCGCCGUCGAUCCGAACGCCCCGACGGAGGACGAACACCGGCAGCAGGCGAUCACCAAGCUGCGCUACAUGCAGUUCCGCGAGAACAUGUCCUCGACGCAGGAGCGCGGGUUCCGCAUCGAGGCCCUAAAGAUGCGCGGCUGCACACCGGUGACGGACCUGAAGACGAUCAAGACCACCCAGCAGAUCCAGCGCACCAUUGGCGACUUUGUGAACGGGAAGAAAAGUGUGGCCAAGGACAUUACCAAGCGGCUGCGCCAGAUGCGCACGUUGAUCGAAAAGUCAGAGUUCUUUGCCCACCACCAGGUGAUCGGUAGCAGUGUGUUCAUCGUGUACGACGAUCAUCAGGUCGGCGUGUGGUUGAUCGACUUUGCCAAGGCGCUCCCGCUACCGAAGGGCACUCGGGUGACGCACCGGGCGCGCUGGCAGAUGGGCAACAGCGAGGAAGGACUGUUGUACGGGUUCGACGAGCUGAUUCGUACGAUGGAGGCCGUCCAGCAGGGGGUACAUGGGCGCCAGUCGUCCCGAACCAAUGGCGUUUAAAGAACGCAAGAAUCAAACUCCCCUCAUUUGUGAAGGCUGGUCCCUUCAAAACAUGUCGGACGUGAAACUAGUCAUUUGCUUUGUGUUAAAAGAGAACCAAGAGGUAUAUAAGCGAGAGAUUUAGGGAGGAUAAACACUUAAUACCACAUCCUCCAAGCAUAUGUGUGCUAUUCAAAACGAGCCAGAGGUUGUGAAUGGAAAAUAAGGAAGUAUAAUUCCUGAUGUUUAGGGUGAUAGCGAACGCGUCGAAGCUAGAGAAACGAUCAACAAAAGACUGAACCAGCGACGGAACGAAUAUGAUACCGCGGCACUAAGAGAGUACGAGAACUCAAACAAAAGGGAAGAAAGUUAAGGCCGUUUCCAACCGAUCUCCAACAUAAUCGUCCCUCUACAGUUGGAAAGUGUUAUGCCAAAAAACAAAAACAUACGAAAGAAAAGAAAUGUGAACCACAAUGGGCCUGUUUGCGUUUGCCGGCCGGGUAUCGUGUUCUUGAAGAAUUAUUAAACAAAUCUAUUCCAUAUUGGAAAACUAGCGUGAAACCAAGAUUUUAAUGUAGCAAAGUAGCGAGAUCGGAAGGUGUUAGAGCGGAUGGAGGCGAUGGCUAGGCAGGUUAUAAUACAGAUUUUACGACGUAUCGCAUAUCCUAAUAUAUCCUCAUGAAAUGUGUGUUUGUUCGUUUUUUGUUUUGCUAAAAUAGAAGCACUCAAAAUACUCACCGCUCGUUCCAUGCGUUUAAACACGUGUCAGGCACGUUCCGGCGAACCGUUGAGCUUCUAGGCGAUCCGAGGCGAUCUACAAUAAUGCAAACAGCUUGUUAAUAUUCAUUAUAUAAACUAAUAAAAAUCAUGUUUACUAUUUAAAGUGUUGAU